UAAAGUUCGCUGUGUAAACCGGGGGUGGAUGGGUAUAUAAAGUCAAUUGAUCACAUAGACCGGUUCAAUUCAGUGAAUCUUGUGGUGAACAGUUGACUUCUUCUGAAAGCACUUGAGAGUUGUGUGUACGAAAUGGCUUCCGCAAUUUAUACGUCGGAAAAGCGUGGCAGUGAUGAGUAUGGUGAAGGUACGCAGAAAGUUCCCUUUAAAACAGUUCUGAGAGCUAUGCAUCAUGUGGGCAAGGAACCUUUCCCCGAUAUCUACGUCGAUGAUGAGCAAGAUUCUACAGGGAUGAAGUAUAUGCUUGCACCCGCUGCACGGAUUGAGAAACACAAAAAAAUCUGGACUCAAGAAAUCAUGAAGAUGCAACAACUUACUGAAAAGCAACAGGAAGAUGCGAAGAAGCGAGAAGCAAAUUUGGAGGAAGCAAAGAAAAUUCAUAUCACCGAGGAUAAGUCUUGGGGCCCGGCAAAAUGCAUAAAAAUCGUACAAGGGGCAAAAUUGCAUGGUAUUCGAGUAAAGAUCUCUGGAUGGGCACAAAGGAUUCGAAGACAAGGCAAAAGCUUGAUGUUCAUUGAACUUCGUGAUGGGACUGGAUAUUUGCAAUGUGUUCUGAGUGAUAAACUUUGUCAAACUUAUGAUGCAAUCAGACUUACAACGGAAUCAUCGAUCUUUGUGUGUGGUAAAAUUCAAAAAGUACCGGAAGGAAAAAGUGCUCCUGGAAAUCAAGAGCUUAUAGUCGAUUAUUGGGAGAUUAUCGGACUGGCACCGCCCGGUGGAGCUGACAGUGUUCUAAAUGAAUAUGCUCAUCCGGACGUAAUGUUGGACAAGAGGCAUAUUGUGAUUAGAGGUGAAAAGACUUCUAAAAUCCUUAAGAUGCGAGCCGUUCUCCUGGAUGCAUUUAGGGCGCAUUUUAUUGAUCGUGGUUAUAAUGAAGUGACUCCACCAACGUUGGUGCAGACUCAAGUUGAAGGCGGCUCAACUUUAUUCAAAUUGCAGUACUUCGGGGAGGAAGCCUUUCUCACUCAAAGCUCUCAACUAUACCUGGAAACAUGCAUUCCAGCAUUAGGCGACGUGUUUUGCGUUGCCCAAAGCUACAGAGCAGAACAGAGUCGAACUCGUCGCCAUUUAUCAGAAUAUACCCACGUCGAAGCGGAAUGUCCUUUCAUUUCAUUCAAUGAUCUAUUAGAUCGUCUUGAGGACCUGGUUUCCGAUGUUGUUGAUCGUGUUCUGAAAUCGCCAUAUGGGCACAUCAUCUAUGAGUUGAAUCCGAAAUUUGUCGCCCCAAAACGUCCGUUCCGUCGCAUGAACUAUGAGGAUGCUAUUAAAUGGUUGAAAGAACACAACAUCACAAAGGAUGAUGGAAGCUUCUAUGAAUUUGGAGAGGACAUUCCUGAAGCUCCGGAACGUAAAAUGACUGAUACGAUCAACGAACCAAUCAUGUUGUGCCGAUUCCCUGCCGGAAUUAAGGCCUUCUACAUGUCCAAGUGCCCUGAGAACAAACUACUAACGGAAAGUGUUGAUGUAUUGCUGCCAAAUGUAGGUGAGAUCGUUGGUGGAUCGAUGAGGAUUUGGGAUUCCAAGGAGUUAUUGGAGGGUUAUGCGAAGGAAGGUAUUGAUCCAACUCCAUAUUAUUGGUACACGGAACAACGGGUGUAUGGAACUCAACCUCAUGGCGGAUAUGGUCUAGGAUUGGAAAGAUUUUUGUGCUGGUUGCUAGACAGAUACCAUAUCCGGGAUGUUUGCUUGUAUCCAAGAUUUAUGGGAAGAUGUAAGCCUUAAACAGGCGUCAUGUAUUUGUGAUAUCAAUAAUACAGUUUUUUCAUAUUAUAUAAUCCUUUAUAAAUAUACUGUUUAUAGCCUGCUUUUUGAAAUAAAGAUU